AUGCACGAUACUCAAAUAUUAAAGGUUCUACUUUUGUUAUUUCUGUUUAUUACACUUGUGAAUGAAUCUAGCGCAUCUCCAGUUUUAAUGCGAAAAAGACAAGCUGGGCCUCAAGGAAUUUGGGGUCCCGUUACAGGCGGUUGUAAAAAGAAACGCUGUGUUGGAGCGCUGUUAGUAGAUACUGUUAACAGUGUUGCUGGAAAUCCACAAGCCACUGUAUCUGUCAGCUGA